AAAGAGCAGUGGCGUGCAUUAGACAACAGCGCGUGAGAUGGGAGAUGCACUGAAUGAAAUGUUGUAAGGGAUAUUCAACGUCAAAUAUUUAUAUUUUUUGUGCUAUUAGUUUAUUAGGAUGUCGGCGUCUGCUAUAUUCAUCCUGGACCUUAAAGGAAAGGUGUUGAUCAGUCGUAACUACAUGGGAAACAUGGACAUGAAUAAGGUCGACCACUUCAUGCCCAUUAUGAUGAGGAUGGAGGAGGACGCAGACUCAUCGCCCCUGGUGACACACGGCUCCGCCCACUUCCUGUGGAUCAAACACAGAAACCUCUACUUGGUGGCAAUGACCAAGAAGAAUGCCAAUGCAGCCCUGGUCUACUCCUUCCUCUACAAAAUGGUGGAGGUGUUUAAGGAGUACUUUAAGGAGCUGGAGGAGGAGAGUAUCCGUGACAACUUUGUGACGGUGUAUGAGCUGAUGGACGAGGUCAUGGACUUUGGCUUCCCUCAGACCACAGACAGCAAGAUCCUGCAAGAGUACAUCACCCAACAGGGUCACAAACUGGAUGUGGGCGCCCCUCGCCCCCCCGCCACCGUCACCAACGCUGUGUCCUGGAGGUCGGAGGGCAUCAAGUACAGGAAGAACGAGGUGUUCAUGGACGUCAUCGAGUCCGUCAACCUACUGGUGAGUGCUACCGGCAGUGUCCUGCGUAGUGAGAUCGUGGGCAGCAUCAAGCUCAAGGUGGUCCUGUCUGGGAUGCCUGAACUCAGACUGGGCCUCAACGACAAAGUGCUCUUUGAAAUCACAGGACGAGAGAAAAGUAAGACGGUAGAGCUGGAGGAUGUCAAGUUCCAUCAAUGUGUCCGUCUGUCCCGUUUCGAGAAUGACCGCACCAUCUCCUUCAUCCCCCCCGACGGAGAGUCCGAACUCAUGUCCUACCGCCUCAACACCACGGUGAAGCCUCUGAUAUGGAUUGAGAGUGUGAUUGAGAAGUUCUCCCACAGCCGAGUGGAGAUCAAGGUGAAGGCCAGGAGUCAGUUUAAGAGUCGCUCCACUGCCAACAAUGUGGCCAUCAUGGUACCUGUGCCCAGCGAUGUCGACUCACCCAAAUUCAAGACGAGCACAGGCAGCUGCAAGUACCUUCCCGAGAAGAGUGCGGUGCAGUGGAACAUCAAGUCCUUCCCUGGGGGGAAAGAGUACAUGAUGAGGGCUCACUUCGGUCUGCCUAGUGUGGAGAGUACUGAGUUGGAGGGGAGAAGGCCCAUCACUGUCAACUUUGAGAUCCCCUAUUUCACUGUAUCUGGUAUCCAGGUACGCUAUCUGAAGAUCAUUGAGAAAAGUGGCUAUGAGGCCUUACCAUGGGUGCGCUAUAUAACACAGAGUGGAGAUUAUCAACUCCGGACAAACUAAGGGCGAGCCUGCUGCUAGACAAAUAGAUCGUCACUCUCUCCCUCUCUCUGGGAGUGAGGGACAACAGAGGACAAGGAAAGGGGAACAACUUUCACCACUGUCAAUUCUCAAAGGACCAUGUAGUCAUCUUGCAGACAUGAGGACCUUCAAGACUCAAUUUCCCUUCAGAACUCGACUGUUGUCACCUUCGACCUUUGCUGUGUUACAUCAUCUGGAGAAACAUGUUUUAUCUUUUUAGAAUAAUGAACCUAGUGGUUUUCUUACUGGUCACAUUGUAAACAUUUGUAUAGUUGUAUUUUCUUCUUAAAGCUGGAAGAAUUCAGGACAUUUAUGAUCUCUGAAGUGUGAACGUUGAAACCUGUGUACAGCAUUGAUAUCUGGUUGGUGUGGAUGCUAGCGGUUGAUGUUAUCUUGGGGCCAGCUGUAAGCAUAUAAUCCCCACUGUGUCCAAUGAGAUGAACACCAAGAUAAUGAAUAGGCCUGCAUAAUAUCAGCAGCUGUGUAUUACCAUAUUGUCGUCACAGUUCCUAGACAUGUGCUUGUACUCAGCUGACGACUACGAGGAAAAGGCUGAAGGAAUUCUCUGUGUGCAAAUUACAAUUAUGUAGUGUUUCUAACAGUCUUGUGAUACAGACACAUUUAACGCCUCGAGGAAAAGCUACGAUCAAAAUAAGUAAUAAUAAUAAUACAGGUGGUCCGAUAUGAAGAGAAUGUUGUUUAGAUAGGAAGCAAAGUGAACAUAUCUAUGUCAAUGUGUCCCCACCAAACAUACACCCAACUUUUCCAAAGCAGCUAUUGGUUGGUAUGGUUACAGUAGUAUGUUGUGCGUGCAAUGCACCACCCCUCAUAUCAGUUCUGGUUCUGUCUGCCAGGGGAAUAGCUCUGGUUUGCUGUGUAUAGGCCUACUGUAUGAAAUCCAGACCUGGUUUCAAAUACAUGUUUAUUUGAGUAUUUGUUAUUUAAAUACUAAUUUUCUGUAUAUUUGAAUAUUUUGAAAUACUUUCCAAGUGUAUUUCCAAAUAUAUUCCAAUAUUCAACUACUUGUUUUUCCAAAUAAAAAAUAAAUACUUACUUCCAAAUGUCUUUGAAAGUAAUUGAAAUAGCCUAAAUAGUAUGUGAACCCAGGUCUGAUAAUCUCAUAUUAAACCAUCCAUAUAAAAUGGCUGAUUAUGAGGAACAGGACAAAUAUGACUACACUCGUCCAGAUAUUCUCUCCAGUGGGGUUUUAAUGAUUGAAAACCACAAUCUAUUAAUAUCUUAUUUAUUAACCUCUAUGUCAAUGGGAGACAAAGGGAUCUAGAAAUACAUAAAUAACUUUGUAUCUUA